CAGUCAGCGAUCACCAUUGCAGCCGGUAGGAUCGCCUCAUCCUGUCCUUCCUCUCACUUUUUUAUCCACCUGUUGCUCAGUCCCCCAUUAGAGAUAAAUACAAAUAAAUUGGGGGAGAAAUCUUAUCAAUAAAUCGAGGCCCAACAAGACAUAACAGAAAAAGGAAUCCGCAGCAGUCCCGAGCCUUUCAACACCUCAGCAAUGUCCCAACCCUGGAAAACGGUGUUCGUGACGGGUGGAGCAGGUUACAUCGCCUCCCACUGCAUCGUCGAGCUCCUCUCCUCCGGCUACGAGGUCAUCGCCAUCGACAACUUCUCCAACAGCGUCUCCUCCUCGGGAACAUCCGCGGCCCUCACGCGGGUCGAGCAAAUAACCGGAAAAACGAUUCAGUUCUACAACUGCGACCUGACGAAUCGCGAGCACCUGAACGAAGUCUUCAAGAGCCACAAGAUCGACUGCGUCAUCCACUUCGCGGCGAUAAAGGCAGUCGGGGAGUCCAUGCAGGUGCCCCUCCACUACUACAGGAACAACGUCAUAGGGGCGAUAAACCUCCUGGAGGUGAUGAAGGCCUCGGGCUGUUUUCAGCUCGUCUUCUCGAGCUCCUGCACGGUUUAUGGAGAACCUGACAACCUCCCGAUCACCGAGGACCACCCCGUGGGGAACAUAACAAACGUCUACGGGAGGACGAAGUACUUCAUCGAGGAGAUGCUCAAGGACAUCUCCAAGGCGGAGAAGACCUGGAACAUCAUCUGCCUGAGGUACUUCAACCCAGUGGGGGCUCAUCCCAGUGGACUAAUCGGAGAGGACCCGACGAAACCCUUCACCAACCUCAUGCCAUUCAUCGCGCAAGUCGCCUUGAGACACAAAAACGAGUUGACCAUCUUCGGGGGAGACUACCCAACGCCCGAUGGCACUGGUAUUCGAGAUUACAUUCAUGUGGUGGAUCUGGCCGGGGGACAUGUGGCGGCACUGGCAGCUCUGCAGAAGAGCCACGAAAGGCUGAGGGUUUAUAAUUUGGGGACUGGGAAGGGGGUCUCCGUGCUGGAGCUGAUCAAGACCUUCGAGAGGGUCACGGGGACGAGUGUUCCUUAUGUCAUCCAGGAGAGGAGGGAAGGGGACAUUGUCAGCAUGUGGGCAAACGCGGAUCUGGCGAGGGAGGAGCUCGGGUGGACGAGCAAGCUCACGGUCGAGGACAUGUGCAGGGACUUCUGGAAGUGGCAGACUAUGAAUCCUUAUGGGUAUAGGGGGGCUGUCAAUGGAAGGGCUAAGCAUGAUGAGCUGAGUCAGGAUGAUUGAAGGGGGUUUAAGGUGAUGGGGAGGGAGGGGAUUAAAUUAAGUUUGUAAUAGUUGAUUAAUGACAGUAAUUUAAAAAUUUAGUGGAGUGGGAAAGCGAGAGAAGUUGAAUUCAACUCGUGGUCAGUUUUUAGAAAAUAUUUCGGUUUUGUUAAGCUCCUGAACAGUCUGGAGAAUUGACCUCUCAGUCACGGGUGAUCCCCGUGGGGAACAUAACAAACGUCUACGGGAAGUCGAAGUACUUCAUCGAGGAGAUGCUCAAGGACAUCUCCAAGGCGGAGAAGACCUGGAACUUCAUCCGUCUGAGAUACUUCAACCCAGUCGAGUUGUUGCCGACACUUGGUUAUUUGUUUAUUUCGUUAUCUCCCUUAAGUAAGAAAAUAUCAUGUGAAAGCCCUGAAUUUGAAAAAAUGAAGAAUAGAAGAAGUAAUUUCUUUCCAUGAGUUUUUGAAAAGUAUUUUUAAUAUUGAAUAGAGAGAUAUUCUAUAAAAAUCUUGAGCAUUAAAAAACGAUUGAGUCAAAUGAUCAAAUGAUGAUUCGUACCGAUUGAUGAUGAUGGUUUUUGCUUGUUUGAAUGAAUAUCAUCAGAAUAUUUAAAAUGUAGGCAACAUUUAGACUAAGUAAAGUCCGUCCAAAUGAUUCUGUUUAUGAAAAUUAAGUUUAUUACCUUAGAAUAAAUUAUAAAAAUGGGCCAGUAAUGUGAGAUUAUUCGAUUGUUACGAUCUUGACUAGAAUUCGUAAUAAAUCUUUCUGUUCUGUAUCCAAGAACUUCCAUAAAUCAUUCUCGAGGGCGAGGAGAGAGUAGUUGUCCUUAGAUUGGCAGGCGAGAACUAGGGACUGGAGUAGGAUGAAUUCAUCUUCACUCAUGUGUGUAUCUAAAAAACAAUAAAUUUAAUUGAUUGAUUCAUUGAUUAAUCGAUCAAUUGAUUAAUUAAUUAAUAAAUAAAUUUAUUAACCAAUUAAUUGACAAAGGGAAAAUUGUGGUGAAGUGGUGAAACGUAAUGUAAAGUCAAAAUUAAAAUUAUUUGUAAUCAGACAUUAAUUACAAAAAAAAUGUCUUCGCCAUUGAAACUCGUAGAAUCACUGAUCAUCGAGAUAAUUAAAUAUUUAGAUUAAUUCUACGUAAACGAAUUCAGUAUUUUGAUUUGGAAAAUCAACUUGUCCUGCUACGUUUCACAAAUCUCCUACAGAUUUUAUUCACAAAGAGUCUUUACUUGCACUCCAAUUAUCCUCAAUCGACGUGAAUCUCUCCAACACCUCAGAGAGCCCCGGAGAUAAUCUCUGAACAGUCAACUGUUGGAUCAAAAUUAACAGCAGUCGAUUGAUCUCAAUUUUACGUAUGAAAAUUCUGUAAUGAGCGGAGUGAUUCGAGGCCACUGAGGACUCCAGGAGGUCCAUGAAUUCGCUGCUCAGAUUCAACG